AUGCAGGCGGCAGCAGCAGUUCAGAGCGUGGCUGCGGCCCGCCCGGUGCAGGCAGCGAGGCUGAGGCCACGCCAAUUCGCCAGCCCGGCGGCGCAGCGGCGCGGCUGCAGGCAGCUGGCCGUCAGCGUGCGGGCCGAAGCGUGGGCGCCGCCCACCGUGGCCGACGCCAAGCUCAAGUUCAACGGCGCCUUCAAGAAGCCGCUGCCCGCCAUCUACUCCACGGUGGUGCAGGAGCUGCUGGUGCAGCAGCACCUGUUCCGCUGGAACAAGCAGUACCAGUACAACGAGGUCACCGCCCUGGGCAUCGUGUCCAUCUUUGAGCAGGUGCUGGGCGGGCUGCCGGACGCGGAGCGGGAGGCCGUGUUUGACGCCUUCAUCAACGCGCUGCAGGAGGACCCCAAGCAGUACCGCAAGGACGCGGCGGCGAUGGAGGAGCUUGCGCGCGGCAAGAGCGAGGUCGCGCCCGACGCCAGCGGCGACAAGGUGCAGCAGGCGCUGGCGGCGGUGGCGGCGAAAGAGGGCAAGUUCCUGUACACCAAGUUCUUUGCUGUGGGCCUGUUCCGCCUGGUGGAGCUGACCGGCUCCAAGGACCCCAAGAGCCUCACCACGCUGGUCAAGGCGCUGGGGCUGAGCCAGGAGCGUGUGAACGCGGACCUGAUGACGUACAAGGGAGUGCUCAGCAAGCUGGAGGCGGCCAAGGAGAUCAUGAAGGAGUUCAUGGCUCGGGAGAAGGUGAAGCGGGCGGAGCGCGAGGCGGAGAAGGCGGCCAAGGCGGCUGCGGCCGCCGAGAAGGCUAACGCAACCGCCGACUCGUCGGCCUGA